UAAAAUAAAAACAAUAAAAUGAAUAAAAUAAAAAGGAAUUAAAUUCCACACCACAAACUUCGACUUCUGUAACAUCCCCAUUUCCAAAAUCAUUCCGUUUCAGCUUCAAUCGAAGACGACGAACUUACAAACAACAAGACGACGACGAAGAAGAAGAAGAAGAAGAAGAAGAAGAAGAAGAAGAAGCACAAUCACAAUUACACACACCUUACAUUCUCAAUCUCACUGUUAAAACUCGCCGGGGAAAAAAAAAAAGUUAUGUCUCGGCCUUCGUCAGCGUCUGCAAUCAGACCUGAAGAUUACGCUCACAGUCCAGUUCACUACGCCGUCGUUUUAGGAGAUCACGGCGCGCUCACUCGUCUUCUCUCCUCGUUGCCGAAGCUAGGAGAUCCAGAGCAGAUCCGAACAGAAUCCGACUCACUGAGUCAAGAACGAGUCGCUGAUCAGAUCUCCGCCUUGCUCGACCGCCGCGACGUUCCUUCACGCGAGACGCCGCUCCAUCUAGCGGUUAGACUCGACGACCUCUUCGCGGCGAGGGCGAUUUCUUCAGCCGGAGGAGAUAUCUCGCUGCAGAACGCUUCCGGAUGGAAUCCGUUACAGGAGGCGUUUUGUCGCCGGAAUUCUGAGGUUAUGAAAGUGCUUUUACGGCAUCACCACCGUUUAGCUUGGUGUAAAUGGCGGCGGAGGUUACCUCGUUUGAUCGCUGUUCUCCGCCGUAUGAGAGAUUUCUACAUGGAGAUCUCUUUCCACUUCGAGAGCUCCGUGAUUCCGUUCGUCGGAAAAAUCGCUCCCUCCGAUACUUACAAGAUCUGGAAACGCGACGGUAACCUCCGCGCUGAUACUACUUUAGCCGGAUUUGACGGUUUGAAAAUUCAGAGAGCCGAUCAGAGCUUUUUGUUCCUUGGCGAUGGUGAUGAGUCUCUAGAUAUUGCUCCUGGAUCUUUGCUUGUACUCAAUCGAGACGAUCGGAAAAUUCUCGACGCUUUCGAAAGUGCCGGAGCUCCGAUUAGCGACUCCGAUAUAGCCGGGUUCUGUUCUCAGUCGAGUUUGUACCGUCCAGGGAUGGAUGUUACUAAAGCAGAGCUCGUCGGGAGAACGAAUUGGCGGCGGCAAGAGAAGAUGGAGAACGUCGGAGAAUGGAAAGCUAGGGUUUAUGAAAUCCAGAAAGUCACGUUUAGUUUCAGAUCUCGUAAAAUUGUCACCGGAGAUGGAAGCGAACAGGUUUUGCCGUUGGAGUUAGACGAAGACGAUGAAGGUUUCUUAGUAGCUGAGAAUCCGAGUUUCUUAGCUCCGCCGCAACGGUUACAGAGACGACACAGUAGCUUCGUUAAAGAAGAUAGAGAUUGGAUCUCCGUCGGGAGAAAAAGCGUCGACGUUUAUCCAUCCGCCGCGCCACCACGACCACCACCGCCGUCGCAGCAAUCUCAAUCGCCGAGAAGAUCGGUGUCUCAAUUCCAACCACCAAGAAGGUCAAUGGCUCAAAUCCAGCCACCGAGAAGAUCAGUAGCUCAAUUCCAGCCGCCGAGAAGAUCAGUGGCCGUACCUUCAACUGUGUCUCCGGUGAAUCCUCCACCGUCUCCUCAGAUUAAAGAGAAGGAGUUCGUGAAAAGCUUGCAUCCGUCAGUUUGGUUAACGGAUCAGUUUCCGUUAAAAACGGAGGAGCUGCUUCCGUUACUUGACAUUUUAGCUAAUAAAGUUAAAGCCGUCGCCAGAAUGCGUGAUCUUCUCACCACCAAAUUCCCGCCGGGAACUUUUCCAGUCAAGCUGUCGAUUCCGGUGGUCCCUACGGUCAAAGUAGUCAUCACAUUCACCAAGUUCGUCGAGCUUCCGCCGGCGGAGACAUUCUACACCCCGCUCUCUAGCCCAAGGUUUCUCAACUCAGCCAACUCCACUGCAGGUGAAGAAGACCAAUCCGAUGAUGAGAAACCGGACGCUCGGAAUGCAAUUUCACGGCCAUCAACGUGGCUGAGACUAGCAAGUGGGAAAGGCUCACAGCGAGGGAUAGAGGAAGAGGAGCAGCAAAUGCCUGACCCGUUCGCUAUACCAAUUGGGUACAAAUGGACAAGCAUGAGUAGUAGUAAUAAUAACAAGUCAGGUAAUAAUAAUAGUAAAAUGAAGAAAUUAAAGUCUACUAAGAGAUCAAAGUAGUUUACUUUACUACUCCUAUUUUGAGGAAUCGAAAGAUAUAAAAAAUCUAGUGUUCAUUUUUUUCUUUUUUUUUCGUUGUAGAUAAUCUGAUAUUUUUUUAGUGAUAUAGUGAACUGGUUGUAGUAUUAUUUUUUUUGUUUACUAUACAUUUUAAAUUCUUUUGAUAUGAUCAAAUCAAAUGCUGUCGUUUUUACUCUUU